UCGUGUUGGAGAGGAUGUGACAUCAGGCACAUCUCUCGCUUUGCUGGAUCGCUGGCUGCUGACCAGGGCAGCCAGGGAGCUGCUUCGUUAAAUCCCAACCCAGGUACUCGAGUUUCUGCACGGAGUGCUGCCGGCACCAUGUCCCGGGCUGCUGCAAAGUCUGUUUGACUCAUGCGUGCUGAGCCUGCUUCAUAGAUCACUCUGACCGCUGGGGGCUCACCGGGGACGAUGGAAUUUGAACUCUGGAGACCAACCACAAAGUGAAAAAACAGAAAUUGGACAGACAGAGCUGAGAUGGAUGAUGAGAGACCAAAUCAAAAUGCCAUCAAAUUGCAAGCAGUUGGAGGCCAGGCGUCUGCAAUGUCUCCAUCAAACUCGCUGAUGAGGGACUUUGUUUCAGACUGGUCUCCUCUACAUGAAGCCUCUAUCUGUGGGCGUCUGCUUACUGUGAAGAAACUCAUUGAACAGGGGAGUGAUGUUAAUCUUGUUACAGCGGACCAGGUGUCUCCUCUCCAUGAAGCCUGCCUAGGGGGUCAUGCUGCUUGUGCCAGUGUCCUGUUAAAACAUGGUGCUCAGGUGAAUGGAGUGACUGUUGACUGGCACACUCCUUUGUUCAGUGCUUGUGUCAGUGGCAGUGUGGCUUGCUUGAAUUUAUUGCUGAAGCAUGGAGCCAGCCUACACCCACCCUGUGACUUGGCAUCCCCCAUCCAUGAAGCUGCUAAGAGAGGUCAUGUGCAAUGUGUUGAACUCCUUGUGUUCCAUGGGCUAAAUAUAGAUCACAACAUCAAGCAUCUGGGUACUCCACUUUAUGUAGCUUGUGAUAACCAGCAAGUAAACUGUGCCAAGAAGCUGCUCGAGUCAGGAGCAAAUGUGAACAGUGGCAAAGGCCUGGACUCCCCUCUGCACGUGGCUGCCAGGAAUUGCAAUGUGGAGUUGGUGACGCUGCUGAUGGACUUUGGAGCAGACAUUUGGGUGAAGAAUGCUGAUAACAAGAGGCCAAUGGAGCUGGUCCCACCUGGCAGUCCUGUGGGCCAACUAUUCCUGCAGAGAGAAGGGCCACUGUCCUUGAUGCAGUUGUGCCGUCUGAGCAUCAGGAGGUGCUUUGGGUACAAGCAACAUCAAAAAAUAUCUGGACUUCUCCUCCCGGAUGAGCUGAAACAUUUCCUUCUCCACAUUUGAGCCUUUAAUAUUCAAAAUGAUGCCUUUAACAACACAGCAAGAAACAGGUCCUGCUGCCACAAACCAAAGAGAAGUUAUGACCACUCUAUGCUCUCUUGGGUGCUCCCCUGGAAAUAUCAGCUACCUGAUACUUGUGGGAGCAAGGAUGAGGAGACUCCAACUCUUCUUCCCUCUUGAGCUUGUCCUGUUCCUUCUUGAGCUGUGAACCAUGGUGCAUCUGCAUCGCCUGAGAGCAACAGUGUACCCACUGCCUCCCAUGACGAGUUACCACCACAUAUUCCCUGUGUUGGAGGGGCAGGCCAUGCACUUUGGUGCUUCUGGAGAUCCUUUUCUUUUUCAUUUCACUGUGGAGCACUGUAAGAGUGGGCUGGGUGUGCAAAAAGUGUGAUGACAUUGUUAACACUGGCAAUGACAUAUGCAGAGUCUUCAUCUCUUAAGUAGAGAGACUGGCAGCCUUCAGACACACCAAAGCUUAUUUUGAUAUUUACCGCUGUGCCAGUGUGUGUGGUGCCAGCCUUCCUUUCACAUAUGGGAAGUUAAAGAGGAGGGAUCAAAUGCUGCCUUGGAUGCUGGUAUUUGAUGUAAAUUACAAUUCAAAUCCUCGUCUGGACAACAUGACUGCUGGCUGUAGGUAUCCAGUAUGAUAUUUGAUUCCUUUGUGCUGAUCAAACACAGCACAGUUCUGUUGGUUUUGUGGGACAGUAAAUCAUACCCUAAUGGGACAAAAUGACAAAACCACUUAUGUCUGUAACUACUCUGGUGAUAGAGACACCUGGAAAUGUUCAUUUAUCUGACCCAAUUCAUCACACAUAUUUGAGCCAUGUAAAAAUUAACUGGCUGGUUUAAGAUGACCUUCUAAAUUAUUUCCCUCCUGCUGAGGAAAUAGACAUCUGUCUUUUCAGAGGUUGAAUAGAAUAAACCUAUUCAUGAUGAAGGCGAAUAAACCUAUUCAUGAAAAAAAGGCAUCUUGAAUGGGAAAGGUGGAUCCUUCUAAAAUUAGUAUCUUAAACCCAAUCCCCUGUUUAAGCUGAAGAGGCUGGGAAUGGACAAUGAACCAGUGCUUAAAUAUUGAAGAAUAAAGUGUGAAGAAUCCUUGCUUUGGUGACACAUUGGAAAGCUGAAGAUUCGUCUUAUUAUAUUUGAGAUGAUGGAGAAACAUUCUUUUUACAUACCAGUUUUAUCUUUUACCUUUAGACAUCUUAUUUUGCAACUUCAGCCAAUGGGUUUAUAGGAGUAAUGCUAAUAUCAGAAGAAAGCUGCUCUGAGAAUGUAGUGAGAGUGUUGCUUCCAAUUUGAUUUUCUUCUGGAAAUUUCAUGAUAUGACACUGUUUACUUGAAUUUUCUCUGACCAAGUGUAAUUAGGAUGAAUUCUGUAUGCUCAGCUUGUAUCAUCUUGGCAUAUUUGCUUAUUUAUUUUCAUAUAAACUGUGAUCAACACUGGUGAAUUAUAGCUUUAUGCAUCAACACUUAUCCAGUUAUAAACUGUAAAAGUUGUACAAGAUGCAAACUGAAUAAGCUCAUUAUAGGUGAGGUUUGAAUUUUUUUUCUGUAUUUGAAACCAUUCAAAGUGUAAUGCAGAACUUGAAUGAUUGUGAGGAAUAUAUUCUAUCAGAUUCUUUCCUAUUGUUCUAAUAGCAGUUUAACAGUAAUUAAGUUUCAAUUCUGUAGGGUAUUUUCUCAAAAAUAAAUGGUUUGUACUC